AUGGGUGCAGCUCCCUCAAAAGUAUUAGAAGAAUUACUGGAUGAAACUAACUUCGACAGGUAUGAAAUAAAUAGACUACGGAAGCGAUUCCUGAAACUAGACCGAGAUAGUUCGGGUUCUAUUGACAGAAGUGAGUUUAUGUCGAUACCCGGGGUGGCAUCUAAUCCCUUGGCCGGCAGGAUUAUGGAAGUUUUCGAUACCGACAACAGCGGUGAUAUUGAUUUUCAAGAGUUUAUUAAUAGUCUAUCUAUCUUUAGUGGUAGAGGGGACAGGGAGGAAAAGUUGAGAUUUGCAUUUAAGAUUUAUGACAUCGAUGAUGAUGGAUAUAUUUCUAAUGGGGAGUUAUUUAUCGUACUAAAAAUCAUGAUCGGUAAUAACUUAGAGGACGAACAAUUACAACAUAUAGUAGACAGAGCUGUCAUGGAAAACGAUUUGGAUGGUGACGGAAGGCUCAAUUUUGAAGAAUUUAUGAAUGCGAUAGAGACUACUGAAGUCGCGAACUCUUUGACCAUUGAGUACCAAGUUUAG